AUGAAUCCAAGGAAAAGAGCAGCUAGGAGUAGCAGCCAAGGGCAAAGAGGAAACUGGAAACCCAAAGGUGCUUUCAAUAUCCAGGAACUUCCACAAGCUUUAGUAAUAGACAUUCUAUCAAGGCUUUCCAUCAAGGCCCUCUACAGUUGCAGAUGCCUUUGCAAAGACUGGCUUCAUAUAAUUCAUGACCCUCAAUUUGCUCGGCUACACCUUCUAAGAUCACCCAUCAGUAUCUUGAUCAAGACCUCGCCCCGUGCAAGAGAACAAAGGAAAUUUGAUUUAAUCCAUAUAGCUGGGUCUCCUAUGCGAGUCGAGAGAAUGAGGUUUGCUACCAAGAAUGUUCUACCAGUUUGCCCUGUUUCUGUAGUUAAGUUGAUGAACUCAUGCAAUGGUUUACUUUGUGUAUGUGAGUGGAUGAGAUAUGAUUGGGUGUAUGUGUGCAACCCAAUUUUAGGAGAGUACAUUAGCAUUCCUUUUCCUGAUAGGAAUAGGCAUUACUCGAUUGAUUUUGUUGCACUUGGUUUUAACACCAGGACCAAUGAAUACAAGAUCGUGCAAACAAAUUACUAUUCCAACUACGCCCAUGAGCCUGAGGCUAUGAUAUACACCAUUGGUACAGGAGUUUGGAGAAGUAUUGGAAAGCCUCCUAGUGGCUGUAGAGGUGGCCCAAUACCAUUCAAUUCCUUUCUGCAUGGAGCUCUUCAUUGGAUUCCCGUUUAUUACUGUCCUUCUCCAUCUAUACAAUCUUUCGACUUUGAAAGAGAAGAAUUUCGACCACUACUACUUCCCCCACAAGUCAACAAAUAUAAUGAUUUGAGGUUGGGAGUCUUGAAAGGUUGUCUCUUUCUAUGUGUGUUUGGUGGUGAUGGUAGGAAAUCUGACAUGUGGCUUAUGAAGAAUUAUGGUGUUCAAGAGUCUUGGACGAAAGUUCUUGUCAUCGAACACUUGUAUCCAAGGAUAUACAGUGCCCUGAGUAAUGUGUAUGAACCAAUUCUGUUCUUGAGUGAUGUGGAAAUCCUAAUGGCGUAUGACAGGUUUGUGGUCCGUUAUAAUCUAGAAACAAAGUGUCUAGAAAAAACUCGCAUUGUUCAGACUCGGUCUCAGUUUCAGGCAUUUGGUUACUAUCCUGGUUUUGUUUCACUCCAUGAUGUUGCAAAUGGAGAGGAGGUGAAAAGGUACAUACUAAAAUAA